AUGCUUUAUAAGACAAGCGCAAUUGAUUCAACCCUCGAUAAACAAACUCAAGACGAAAAUGAUGAAGAACGUUUAACAUCCCGUACAACAGCAUCUCAGCAUUAUCUACCUGAUAUCCGCGAAGCAUUACGUUCAAGCAAUUUACCACUAUCAACAUUAUGUUCUUAUAUUAAUCAUAAAGUAACAUUAUGUAAACCUCUUACACGUACAAAAGCCAUUACAUGUUCACCAAUAACAUUUAAUCGUUCAACUCAAACAGAAGCUGAUUUACCACCAAUCGGUCUAUUACCAGUUCCCGUUGGUUUAAUAACGCCGUUACCGUUGGCAUUAGGUGUUGAUGAUACACCGGUUCCCGUUCCUGUACCGAUUCCCGUACCAUUUCCAUUAUUUUUUGUUGUAUCUGAUAAAAAAUUUCAACAUUAUUCAGAAUAUUUGGAAAAACUUGGCCAACGUAUUCCUGAUAAUGAUGAUGAUUCAUUUAUAUUAGCCUAUGCACAAACAUUAUUUCCAAAUGAUGAUAUACUCUGCCUUGGGAAUGACAAUGGUAGUAGUGAUAUCAUAUCAAAAAGUAUGAUAACAACAUCAACAACACCGUUAAUACGUCGUGAUCAUGAUUUAAAUUUAUUAAUGGAUAAGCAUACGGGAGAUGAUGAAGAUGAUCGCAUACAAUUUAGAAGACCUCAUGCGACAACGACAACAUCAUCAAUAACGACCGAUGUUGCUACUGAAUAUGAUGUAGAACAUUUUGAUUUAUCAACAUCAGCAUUAACCAGUAAUGGUACACAAAAUAAUCCAGAUUUGGCACUUUAUUUAAUGGAACAAGAAGAUUCAAAAGAUAUCUUAAAAUGGCAUUUGGGUGUUAAAGCAUUUAUGAAAUGGAUUGAAAGAAAAAAUCAGCCAAUUAGAAAUAGAUUAUAUCAGCAGUAUACACGUAAUCGUCGUUUGACACCAGCUGAAGCUGAUGCACGUAUUGCCAAACGUUUAUUUAAAUCCGAUCCAUUAAAAUAUCGUGCUGAUGAAUUAAAUCGAGCAUUAUCGUUAUUUGUAAAAGAAGCAAGACGUUUAUCUGGCGAAGAAUAUGCACCCGAUUCAAUAUAUUAUCUCUGUUUAUGUAUUCAACACUAUUUAAGAGAAAAUAAACCACUGGGUACAAGUAAUCGUCAUGAAGAAGAUAAUCAUUUACGUCGUACAGAAAAUAUAUUUUUUGAUUCAACAUUUGAACAAUUUCAAUCGGCAUUAAACUUGGUAUUGGGUAAUUUUAGUGUUCGUUUAUUAACACCAGAUGCCUUAGGUGUGUCACGUAUCGAAGAAGAAGUAUUAUGGGAAGCAAAACAGUUAGGUUCUCAUUCACCAUGGAUAUUACUAAAUACUAUUCUCUAUUUUAAUACAAAAUAUUUCUUUUUAAAAACUGUUGGUGAACAUAAUGUAUUAUCAUUCUCAAAUGUUCGAAGACAUUAUAAACGAAAUAUUGGACCACACGGUGAAGAAUUUGGUAAAUCGGUUUAUUUAAGAUAUUAUCCGCCAACAACAACAUUUCAUGGUAUGGAAGAACAACAAUUAAUAUAUGAACAAGCUGAAAACUAUGAUGAUCCAUUACGUUGUCCGGUGAAAUUAUUUGAAUUUUAUUUGACAAAAUGUCCGGAACAAGUAAAAUGUAGACAAGAUGUUUUGUAUUUAAUACCGGAAACAACUGUUGUACCAGAUUCACCCAUAUGGUUUUCAUCGACACCGUUACCACAUUUUUUUAUGGAUAGAAUGUUAACAAGAAUAAAAACAGUCAGAGACGUUAAUGAUAUACAUCUAUCUAUGUCUCAAACAUCGUUCGAAGGUCGACUUUAA